AAAAAAUCAUCCUCAUCGUCCGCCAUCUUUUUUUAUACCGGAUGGGAACGAUGACGUCACUUCCUUCAAAAUAAAAUGGCUGCCGAAAAUUCAGUAAUAGAAGAUCCCAAAGGUCAUUCUGAUGCCAUUGUUGCCAUUGAAAAGUUGUUGGAGGUUAUAAAGAAUAGUGAAGCUGGUACCAUGAUAAGACUCACUGAAGAAAUAAAAUCAGCUACAAAAGAUUUGAUUGAAAUGGAACUAUCAAAAGUGUCCGUAUCAUCAGGCUGUGAGCUCUUCCUUCGCUUUAUCACGUUCGCCUCAUUGGAACAAUUAAAAUUUGAAGACUGUAGAUCUCUUUUAUUGAAAAGAGGAAAUCUUUUUCUUCAAAAAGCUUUCAAGUCACGCGACAAAAUUGCCGAAAUUGGAGCACCUUUCAUCAGAGACAACACAACAAUCUUAGUUCACUCUCGCUCUCGUGUUGUCCUCAGAUUAUUGCAAGAAGCUGUCAGCAACGGAAAGAGAAUUAAAAUAUUCAUAACAGCCUCUAACAUUGACAAUACUGGUAUUACGAUGCAGAAGUUUCUCAAGGAGUCCGGAAUCGCUUCGAAGCUAAUCCUCGACUCUGCAGCUGGGUAUUUAAUGGAGAAGGUUGAUUUGGUAAUGGUUGGAGCAGAAGGCGUGGCCGAAAGUGGCGGGAUAAUUAAUAAAAUUGGUACUUAUCAGAUUGCUGUGAUGGCGAAAACUCUGAACAAACCGUUUUAUGUUGUUGCGGAAAGUUUCAAAUUUGUACGAAUGUUUCCACUAAAUCAAGACGACCUACCAAAUACAGAAAAGUAUUCAAGUGUUGAUUCAGCCAUCACUUCACAUCCAGUUAUUGACUACACUCCUCCCUGUUACAUAACAUUACUGAUCACUGAUCUGGGGGUAUUGACACCGUCUGCUGUCAGCGACGAACUUAUAAAAUUGUAUAUGUGAAUCAAUCUAUGGAGAUAUUAUUUAUUAUUCUACUUUUUUGAUGCACUUCAAUUCUUCAAUGUAUUGAAAAUAACUUGGAGAGAAUUCUCCAUUUUUUAUUA